UAUUCUCCCUCCUUCCUAUCUUACUAGCUUUUCUUGCCUUUAUAUUUUUAUUUUAAUAUUUUCUUUAAUAUAAUUUCUUAUCUCCUUCUUCUCAAGCUUUCCGUAUCCCAUUUUACUCCCUUUAUCAUGAUGUUAUUUAUCCUUUUCUUUCUCUCUUUCCUCUCGUUCAGCCACUCCAAAUUUUUUAUCCACUUUUCCAGUCUUGUCGUCUCUUGCUUCCAUUUUUCUUUCUUUUUUCUUCUCUCUUGCUCUUUUUUUCUAUUAUCUCUACCAUUACUUGCUCUAUCAUUAUUUUCAUCUGUUCUUUCAUUUCCAUUCUCAUCCCUUCUAUGUCUUCUUUCACUACUUUUCUCAAUUCCUUAAUUUCUAUUAAUAUUCUUAUUCUUUCCCAUUACAUAUUUUUUCAUUGCUUUUUUAUCUUCUUUACACUUAUUCCUAUUUUCCGUCUGUUUGCUUGUCGAUAGCGCCAUCCCUCGCCUUCCACUCCAACUUCUUCCAUAUUCCCGCACUAUUUCCUUCCCAUAUCUAACCUCUUCCACUUUUCCACGUGCCUUCUUCUUUGUAUGCCUUUACCUGUUUUACUUUUCCCUUUUCUCACUUCUUCUCCACUACCUUCCUUACUGUUCUUUUGUUGUGCCUCGCCUCACUCUUUAACUCUUAUUUUCCUUUCAUUCAACUUUUCGCUUUCACUCAUCCAUGCACACGUCUCUCAGCCGGAAGUCCUCCACUUCUUAAUUUAACUUAUUAAUUUAAUUUAAUUUGACAUAUAUGUUGAACGUAUAAGCAGAUGUGAGAUGUGACAUUCAUACUGAAACGUUACAACGUCUCACAGUGAUCUAAAGCAACUAUCUCCUGGUAAUUGCGCUUUCUGUUGCAAUUUGCAUUAGCAUCGCUUAACAGCCUCGAUCACGCCUGGAUUUGAUUUAAUCCCACUCGAUACGUCGUGACGCGUCCGCGACUUAAUCCGCUAUUUAUCACCGUCAUCGGGUGGUGUGUUAGCGGCGACGUUCGACAAUCAAGGGCCGGAGGCAUUAAUAAAAUAACGCAGUCACGGAUUUCUAAGCACUCGACUGUUCACAGGGGGAGACACGAAUGGUAGUAGACAGUAGGUAUCCGAGGGUGGCGACGAUGAAACUCCUAUCGGACCUUAUGUUCGCGCAUUGUGACUUUUCGUCGGGAGACAGAAUGCAGAGAGAGAAAGAGAGAAGAGAAGCGUGCUGGUCCGACAUAAUUGGCAAGGGCGCGCGGCGAUAUUUAUUAUACGUCCCGGAACGGCAAAAAGGAAGAUCGUAAUGGCCAACUGGGGUAUAAACUGCACCGUCCUCUUUGCGGUUCGUUAAACGGAGCGCCUUCGUCGAGAAAGGGUCGAGCAGAAGAUGUCUCUAAAUCGAUCGCGAUCUUUUUCGAUAUCGUCUCCUUUAGUUACAGGGCUGUGAUAUUCAUUGCCAAUGCUGUGAAAAUCUCUAUAAUUCACAUUACGUAUACUGUAGAUUUUCAAUAGUGGCAGUGAAUAUCAGAAUUGAGAAGUAAUCUGUUACUUGUAAAUAAUAAUUUCACUUUAAAAUUAAUUACGUAUUUUAUUUUAGUAUUGCAAAAACGUAGCGAAAAAGUAACGAACUGUUAUUUUCUUAUUAACGAUAAUGGUAAUGAGUUACUUUCUAACAUUAGUAACGAGUAACGAGUUACUUUUACCAAAAGUAACUCGUUACUUUUUUUAAAUAACCUUCCCCCUCCCCGGAGAUCUCUAGUGAAUAUCGGAACGUAGCCCAGCCAAGCCGCGAUGCAGAUGAAGGUGAGUGGUCCUCCGUUAUAGAACACGAACCCGCGAAAAGCCCAGCCGGCAAAUAAAUUCCAAUUGUGGAAUGGAAGCGCCGCUAAUUUUUUAAUUGAGUUUACACGAGCUUACGUCGUUCGUUCCCGCUGGCGCGAGAAGUUACCUCUCCGGCUCGAAGGUGCACUACGUCCGAUUGUGAGCGCCGCUACCUCGCCGACUGACUGAAUGUAACGUUUGUUUGUCUUCAUUGCUGCGACGAAGUAUUCUCGGCUCGGUCGAAAGCGCCUCGCAAAUCGGUCCUAUCCCCUCGCAAAUCCGCGUUAAGCGGAUUUAAUUUGCGUCACGGGCGAACAGAGAAACGCGCGCGCCCUCUUUAAUUGUCUUGAAUGUUGCCAUUGACGUGGCACACUCCUUUGCGAUGUCGGAAAAGUACCUGUCACUUUAUGCACGUGCGCGAAAAAUGUCCUAAUAGUUGCUUCAGCGCGAUGACUAUACUGUCGGAUGUAUCCAGCAAACAAUAUACCAAGCAACAAUGGUAUUACAUUAACCUCUUCAAUGAUAAUUUAAAAUAAUCCCCUCUAGUUUAUUUUUAAUAAAUAAGCAUAUCUCUAAAGUGAUUUUCUUUUCUCGUUAUUUUUUUUAAAGAAUUUUGACAAAAAUAUAUAAAAUUUGUAACUCUCUACCACACGAGUUAAAAAAAAUACAAUGAUUUUUAGCACGAAAUUUUUUCGAGCAUGUCAGUUAAGGGAUUAAUAUCACACUUAACAUGUAAAUGUUACAUAUAAUAUAUAUUGAAGUUAUAAUAUAUCGUUGACUGGGAAAUUAUAACAUUGAUACAAUCUUAGCUCAAACAGCAUAAAUCUCUCAAAUACUUCUUAGAUACGUCCUAAAGAUAUAUCUGAAACAAAUAGGAUAUUUUUUAGACGUCUCCAAGUUGUCUCUUAGACAUUUAUGCUGUAUGGGACUGCUACUUGGUGUUAACUUGAGGUACAUAUUAUUCUGGACCCCUUAAGUUUCACAAUUUGACCGAUAAAAACGGACGAUAACGCAAAGUGAUCCGGAUAAAAUAAUGACGAUCAUUCUCUUCGACUUCGAAGCAAUGGUCAUUUCUCUGGCUUUGUUAUUCCCAGCCGGGAACUCGAACGCGUAGAACUGCGAUAUUCUGUAGUCGCGUAAGUCCAAAUCUACGCGCGCGCGUACUCUCACCCUCUUUCAUUCUCUCCCAUCCUCUUUCACCCCGUCGCUCGUUCUCUCGCUCUCUUUCCCUCGCAAUCGCUCACUCUGCCUCUCUUUCUCCCUCUCACCCUUUCUGUCUCGCUCGUGCGCGCUCGCGCGCGCGUAGGUCGAGUGCGGGUAUAAUAAUAAUGUUCGGUAAGUACGUGUUUGUAGUUACCCCUGAGGUGAGCCACCCCCGGAGAGGCAAAAGAGCCAAGCUCCGCCUUCGUCGGCAUAGGGUUGGUUGUCACGGGGAUGGGACACUCGGAGGGCGGUUCUUCGCCACCCUGCGUCCCGAUUUAGCGCUCUCGUUCACGCGGGGUGCGCUCCGGACGCCGGGUCGAAGAGAACGACGUGGAAGAGACACGUCAAGUACGGCCCGAAAACACACCCCGUGCGGAGGACGACGGCCGAGAGCUCGCACGAGAGUAACAUCAGCCCUAAACGUGUCACGCGACAGUGGGUCACGGCAGUGUUAGACGAGCACUGCUUCGUCGGGGCGCGCACAACUUCAACAUCGUCGUGCCGUAAUUAAGAUCGUUUAAACGCUCUUAGCUAAAAAGGUCCAAGUAACGCUUUGUAAACAAGCGAGUCAUCGUCGCGUUCGAAGACACGAGUUGCGUUGCAGUUGAAGAGACGCGAGUCUUCGCCGUGACAGAAGAAAAGGCUCGAAGAAACGAGUUUCCUAGUAUCCGAGAAGAAACAAGUGCUCAUCAUAAACGGACAGUCGGAGGGAAACGAGUCGUAGCUGAAGGUAACGAUCUGUUCUUGAAGAAGGGAUCCUGGAUCAUCCCCCAAGGAUCGUGACUCGAUUUUGUGAAAGAGGUCGACGACCCGCCCGGUCAACCGGCACCCGGACCGUGUCUUCAGGAUGGACGGGCCGGCGGUGUUAUCGAUGCCGCCGUUGACCGCCUCGCAGAAACCGGCACAGUCGCCGCAGCCUCAACCGCACCCGAAGCAGAAUCAGGAGUUGCAGGUGGGAACUGUGUCGCUCUACGGAAUCCACAUCGUGUCGCUGGUGAUCGAAGGCCAGGAACGGCUCUGCCUGGCGCAGAUCAGCAACACCCUGCUGAAGCAGUUCAGCUACAACGAGAUCCACAAUCGCCGGGUGGCGUUGGGCAUCACCUGCGUGCAGUGCACGCCGGUGCAGCUGGAGAUACUCCGUCGGGCGGGCGCGAUGCCGGUGUCGUCGCGUAGGUGCGGUAUGAUCACUCGCAGGGAGGCUGAACGCCUCUGCAAGUCCUUCCUCGGCGACAACGCGCCGCCCAGAUUGCCGGAAGACUUUGCGUUCUCCGUUCAUCAUGAGUGCGCCUGGGGCUGUCGCGGCGCGUUCCUGCCCGCCCGUUACAACAGCUCGCGAGCCAAGUGCAUCAAGUGCACGUACUGCGGCCUGUUCUUCUCACCGAACAAGUUCAUCUUCCAUUCGCACCGGCUCAGCCCGUCGGAUAAGUACGUGCAGCCGGACGCAGCAAACUUCAACUCCUGGCGCCGACACAUGAAGUUGUCCGGCACUCCGCCGGACGAGGUGGUGCACGCCUGGGAGGACGUCAAGGCGAUGUUCAACGGCGGCACCAGAAAGCGGCUGUUGGGCAACACGAGCGCCCGCGAGUCGCCGAGCCCGGCGAAACAGCCCAGGUCUUCGCCGAACACUGCUGCGCAGAUUUCCACUUUGGUGCCCACACCGGCGCAUCCGCGGGUGCCGCCGUUCCCGGAACUACCGUUGCCGUUGUCCAGGAGUCUCGUCAUGGACUAUGUAUGGCAUCAACAUCAGCAGGCGGCGGCGGUCGCCGCGGCCAAAACGCCCGGCUUUGCCUUCCCGCCCUACGCUCUUCCUUGGCUGGCCAAGAGGGGUCCCGUCUUGUUUCCUGGGCCACUGCCGCCGCCGAUAAGUGGCUCAAGUCCCACGGAACCUUUGAUUCCAACCGUGAACCCGCCGUUACAUCAAUCGGCGUUCCGUCCGGUAAUCCGCGGACCACCCAUCGUCGAGCAACUGAUGCCGGAGCGAGCGACGGACGCCGGCAAAGAGGAGAACUCCGACGAUGAGGUCGACAUCGAGACGACGGAGGACGACCCGGUGACGCCGCUUAACGCGAGUCUUCAGAAUCUCCACUCGGCCUCGAAUUCUAUGAGCAGCCACAGCGGACGGAGUACGUCGCCGCAGUGCUGGAGUCCGCCACGAGAGACGGAACGGGAGGCGGAGAAGAUCGCGGAGGAAACCGCGGCUCUGCGCGACGUGAAGACAGAAUUGCCGCCGGCGAGGAGUCCAGAGAGCUGGCACAGCAACCCUUACUAUCGACAUCUCAGUGUUCUCAAGGGAAACGAGCCGGCGGCGGAAAGGGCGGGUUCCGACUGCUCGGCUUGCCGUCCACGUAUGUUUUACGGCCAAGUCCACAGUCCGUCCGCGCCGACCAAUUAAUCGAGCUGGCUGGAUUAAUCGACAUCAUGCAGCAGCAGCGCAUGAGGAGGACACAUUUAAUCCGUACCGUUCCGUAAGCUUCCGUAAGCGAUACGUCCGUUGCCUUAAAGCGCAUUCGUCGAUCUUUCUUUACGAAUUUAAGGCUUCAGCGCAACGAUGCUCUUGCCUCGGUGUCUUAAGGGCCUGAGAAAGUUAGCCCUCGAACCUGGGCGACGCUUCUUUCGAGCAAUCAAAUGUAAAUUCAUUUAGCCGAUUAAUCGAUCGAAGCUUAAACCGGCUCGAGUCAAUUGAAUCUGAUAUAUAACCGACUUAAGCCUCCAAUAUAUGAAAUAUUUUCUUCCUCAAUAUUAGGUUGUCGAAUUUUCAAAUUUAUUUUCUUCAGCUGUGUUAAGAGAGUACGUUAACUCGCUGUUACACUGAACCUCCGAUUUAUAACUCGCUUCACGUUCACGCGGUAUCGCUGAGAUCGUGGGCCCGAUCCGUAGUUGCGAAGGCCAGAUCCGCCAAAAUGUUGGUAGCGAACGUUAGGAAAUGUUUUGUCCCGGGCGUUCGCGACACCAGCGAGAAGCGAACGUCAAUUUUGUCGGAUCGUCGAGCGGUAGGUUUCACCUCGGGUAAUGAGUUUUUGCCGGCAGGACAAUUCUCGUUCUAGCGAACGCGUCUUGUCCUUUUCAUGCGAGCAAGCGAGCGAGUGAGCGAAUCGAUGAGCUCGAAUCGAGAAGCUCGCGAGUAUUCGUCGAGGAUGUAGAGCGGCUAGGACAACGCUCGCCGGAGAAGAUGUCAUUACGUCGGCGAAGCGAAGGAGAGGAGGUCACGUCGAUAUUUGCGUCGAUUCCGGAGGUGCUGCGGAGCGAAUUCGCUCAUCUGGUUCCGCAUUACGUCGAUUGUCGUGAUUUCCCAGCGAGUACUCACGGUACACAACGAGCGCACUUACGCGACGGACGAGCGCGAAUAAACGAAGACGUUCGUUGCGAUCUCGCGGAAACACACCGUCUGAGAUUUAAUUCCGCGCGUUCGACUGUUUCUUCCGCGACGAGGGAGAAGACGGGAGACUGUAUUCCGGCUUCUGUGAACACAUCACGUUUGGCGAUUCUGGUGUCCUUGAGCCGGUCCUACGCGAUACGUGAGGCAAUACAUUGGCCCGCAGUUUGAGGAAUACAUUGACCGCGAAUACUAUGCCAAUAUAAAGCUUGAUAACAUAGCAAAGUUUAAUACGUUGACUGCUACGGCAAUUUUCAGGAUUCCGAUCUCAGAAGCCAAUUUGAUUUAAUCAUAUGGACAGACCAUGAAAGAACUGCGAGAUAAAUCGUAGUUCGCGCUCUAGCCAAGAAGGCCAACUACGAUUUACCUCGCAGUCAACGUGUUAAUAACAUAAGCAAAGAACAGCUACAGAAUUCAAACACGGUAAAUGUCAACAUAACCGGUCAUGAUCAUUGGCCAAUAUCGAUAUACACUUGCCGUAUCGCGUGAUGCCGGCUUGAACCCUUUCCACAGUCCGGAUUCUAUUAGAUAUGUAUCACCACGAAGUGUGUUGCUGUACACAAGAAAGAGCGAGCACAUUUGUUGUUCUCUUUCUUCUCUCUGUUUCGUUUGUAGCACUUUCUCGAGUGCAGGAAUAGCAACGUCAAGUAGCACACGAGUGCUGCUCGAGGGAUGCUUGGAAUGCGGGAGUUCUAUCUCCUGAUAAACCAGGUCAGCGCGAAAAGAAACGUGGGAAAUAUGUCAGUCGGUGAGGGUGAAAUGGAGAGGGUUAAUGCGACUAACGAGACUCACGUCGUGCUUGCGAGCACGACAUCCAGAUAUCUAUUCGCGGUGAAUCGUGCACUCGUGAUAGUUGGUGCACCAUGAGCGAUGCAACCAACAUGCGUCCGUGACGAGCUCGAUAUAUUGUGAGCCAACUCGCAACGAUUUACUGCGAUUUCGCCAAGAGACUCGGUCGCGACGCUGCCGCCGUCGCGGUCGCCGCGAUCGAGAGCAGUCGGUGUAGCUUAGGAUCGACGAUUAUUUGUCGCAAGGACGAUAUUACACAGUGCAAUUAUACUUAAUUAUGUCGAAUUAUGCGGAGACGACGACGACGAGCCGGACAGGACGAGGGGAUCCUUCGCGCGCCUCAUCGAGUACUGCCGCAGCUGUAAGUACCGUCGCUAGUAGAGUAACGACACCAAAUUGCAUCAUACUGAACAUACUUGUAGACGACAGCGUGUGUGAAAAACCACGAGUGUAAUCCAAGUUCUAAUAAAAUCUUGA